AUGGCGCCCGGAGAGAAGAUCAAAGCCAAAAUCAAAAAGAACCUCCCGGUCCGAGGCCCCCAGGCACCGACCAUCAAGGACCUGAUGCGCUGGUACUGCCUGAACACCAACACCCACGGCUGCCGCCGCAUCGUGGUGUCCCGAGGCCGCCUCCGGCGCCUGCUGUGGAUCGCGUUCACGCUAACGGCAGUGGCCCUCAUUCUCUGGCAGUGCGCCCUCCUCGUCUUCUCUUUCUACACCGUCUCCGUCUCCAUCAAAGUGCACUUCCAGAAACUGGAUUUUCCCGCCGUCACAAUUUGCAAUAUCAACCCCUACAAGUACAGCGCCGUGAGCGACCUUCUGACUGACUUGGAUGCUGAGACAAGACAGGCCUUGCUGUCCCUAUAUGGGGUCAAAGACUUUCCAGAGGUUAAAUCUCGGGAACGCCGGGAGGCAGGAUCGAUAAGAUCCACUUGGGAAGGCCCACCACCCAGAUUCCUCAACUUGAUCCCAUUGCUGGUCUUCAAUGAGAAGGGAAAGGCCAGGGACUUCUUCACAGGCCGGAAGCGCAAGAUCAGUGGGAAAAUCAUUCACAAGGCUUCCAACGUCAUGCACGUUCACGAGUCGAAGAAGUUGGUGGGAUUUCAAUUGUGCUCAAAUGACACCUCUGACUGUGCCACCUACACCUUCAGCUCUGGAAUCAAUGCCAUUCAGGAGUGGUACAAGCUUCACUACAUGAAUAUCAUGGCACAGGUGCCUCUAGAGAAGAAAAUCAACAUGAGCUAUUCUGCCGAAGAACUGAUGGUGACCUGCUUCUUUGAUGGGAUGUCCUGUGAUGCCAGGAACUUCACGCUUUUCCACCAUCCAAUGUACGGGAAUUGCUACACGUUCAACAACAGAGAGAAUGCCACCAUCCUCAGCACCUCCAUGGGGGGCAGUGAGUAUGGGCUGCAAGUCAUCUUAUACAUCAAUGAAGACGAAUAUAACCCCUUCCUGGUGUCCUCCACUGGAGCCAAGGUGCUCAUCCAUCAGCAGAAUGAGUACCCCUUCAUCGAAGACGUGGGAACCGAGAUUGAGACAGCGAUGUCCACCUCCAUAGGAAUGCACCUGACAGAAUCCUUCAAGCUGAGUGAACCUUACAGCCAGUGCACGGAGGAUGGCAGUGAUGUGCCCAUCACGAACAUCUACAACGCUGCUUACUCCCUCCAGAUCUGUCUUUAUUCGUGCUUCCAGACGAAGAUGGUGGAAAAAUGUGGCUGUGCCCAGUACAGCCAGCCUCUUCCUCCAGCAGCCAAUUACUGCAACUAUCAACAGCACCCCAACUGGAUGUAUUGCUACUACCAGCUGUACCAGGCCUUUGUCCGGGAAGAACUGGGCUGCCAAUCAGUGUGCAAGCAAGCUUGCAGCUUUAAGGAAUGGACGCUGACCACCAGCCUGGCACAGUGGCCAUCUGAGGCUUCCGAGAAAUGGUUGCUGAAUGUUCUCACCUGGGACCAAGGCCAGCAAAUAAACAAAAAGCUCAACAAAACUGACCUGGCUAAGCUCUUGAUAUUCUACAAAGACCUGAACCAAAGAUCCAUCAUGGAGAGCCCAGCCAACAGUAUUGAGAUGCUUCUGUCCAACUUCGGUGGACAGCUGGGCCUGUGGAUGAGCUGUUCAGUCGUCUGCGUCAUCGAGAUCAUAGAAGUCUUCUUCAUCGACUUCUUCUCUAUCAUCGCCCGCCACCAGUGGCAAAAAGCCAAAGAUUGGUGGGCCCGUAGGCGGUCACCUCCCUCCCCCGAGACUCACGCCAGCCAGCAGGGCCAGGAUAAUCCAGCUCUGGAUAUAGACGAUGGCCUGCCCACUUUCACCUCUGCAAUGCGCCUGCCUCCAGCCCCAGGGCCCACAGUACCUGGCACGCCACCCCCCAGAUACAACACCUUGCGCUUGCAUAGUGCCUUUUCCUCCCAGCUCACAGACACUCAGUUGACCGAUGAGUUCUGA